AUGAAGGGUUACUACGAGUGUCUGCGAACCGAAGCCCAGGCGAAGGGUAUAUCAAUCACAAUGUUAUGUCCCGGACCUGUCUUCUCGCGGAUUCUGGAGAACGCAAUGUCCGGCAAAAAGGACGGACAGCACUCAGUGGUCACACACAGUAAGGAUAACAAGCGGUUGGACACAAAUCGUUGCGCUCACCUCAUGGCCACAGCCAUCGCCAACUCUUUGGAUGAAACAGAGGUGUGGAGCUCGUGGUUGAGACACUGGACCUACUGUUUGGCGGUGUAUUGUGUGGUGUUAGGCGUGACUCUAUCGCCGACACAAUGUCUGAGAUUUCAUUUGCAACCAAACACUAAGCGGUGCCUCAAAGAGGAGAUGCGUAAAGACGUGUUGGUGACGGGCGAGUACGAGCUCUCACCGGCUCCGGGACAGCGCACCGACCUCGCGGUGACCGACUCCAAGGGUCACACGGCCUUCGCCCGCGAGAACCUCGACAGAGGAAAGUUCGCCGUCACCUCAGACGAGGACGACAUCUUCGACUUCUGCUUCGUCUCAUACCUCCAGACCGGACACCAGACCGGACCCGAACGCGAAGUCCAUCUCGAGAUGAAACACGGCGUCGAAGCC